AUGACUGAACAGAUUCAAGAUCAAGCUCAGCAACUACCUCAUCGGUUGCUUCUUACAACUUUAGGAUGUUUAACCAUAUCGUUAUUUGUUUCGUUCUUCGAUCAAACUGCUGUCACCACUAGUAUACCUUCCAUUGAGAAAUCUUUAGGAAACUCCAGUUUGAUCAAUACCUGGUGUGGUGCAUCAUAUUUGAUUGCCAACACCAAUUUCCAACUUCAGUUUGGUAGAUUAUCCGAUAUAUUUGGCAGAAAGAAUAUCUUUCUUCUUUGUAUUGGAUGUUUAUUUGUUGGGAAUUUGGUCAGUGGAUUCUCCGAGAACAUAGUGAUGCUUUUCAUCUUUAGAGGUAUUUCAGGUAUUGGUGGUGGAGGUAUUAAUUGUUUGGUGAUGAUCACAUUUUCAGAUUUAUUGACUCCUAGAGAAAGAGGGAAAUAUUUUGGAUUUGUGGCCAUUUCAACAUCUUUAGGGAAUGGUGCCGGUCCUUUGUUAGGUGGUCUUUUAAGUGAAAAAGCUAAUUGGAGAUGGACUUUCUGGAUUUCUUGUCCUAUAGCUGUUGUCAGUGCUUGUUGCUUAUACUUCUUUGUUCCCUUAAAACCCGUUACCGGUUCUUUCAAGAUCAAAUUGAAACAAUUAGAUAUCUGGGGUUUCAUCACUUCUUUGGUGGGGAUUGUGUUUGUAUUGGUAGCUAUUUCAGGUGGAGGAGAAACUUGGUCUUGGAAAAGUCCUCAAGUAUUAAGUCUUUUGAUUAUUGGAGUUAUAACAUUCAUUGCAUUUUUGUGUAUUGAACAAUUCUAUGCUACCAUUCCUAUGAUCCCACUUUAUUUGUUCAAAGAUUUCCAUCUUCUGUUAUUGUUCCUUAUGUGUCUUCUUAUGGGUUGGGCAUAUUUUGUCGAUAUCUAUUACUUACCUUUAUACUUACAGAAUGUAAGAGGAUGGCUGCCAAUUAUGUCAGGGUUAUUACAAUUACCAGCAACUUGCAGUAGUAGUAUAUUUGGUGUAGGUGUAGGAUUCUUGAACUCAAAGUAUGGAAAUUAUGUUGCUUGUUUAUGGUUUGGAGGUGCUAUGUGGUGCUUAGGAACAGGUUUGAAAAUCUUAUUCAAUCUCCAUAGUAACAUUGGAUUAUUGGUGGGGAGUAAUUUGAUCCAAGGUUUGGGAAUUGCUUUCACUUUCCAACCAACUUUAUUGGCAUUACUUUCUUAUUCUAAUCCUAAAGAUAGAGCUGUAGUUACAGGACUCAGAAACUUUUUCAGAUGUUUUGGAGGAGCUUUUGGGUUAUUGAUUUCAGGUAUUAUCUUCAAUACAUUGUUCAAGAAGAGAAUAAGUGAUAUAUAUGAAGAUUCCAAGAUGGUAGAAGAAAUAAUAGCCAAUCCCAAUGGAUUAUCAGCCUAUGGUACCCCCGUUAUCAAUGCAUAUCUUGAUUGUUACCGAGAUGUCAUGAUACUGUUGACGGCAUUAUCUGGGUUGAUGUUCUUAUUGUCUUUGGCUAUCAAAAACAAAAAUGAAGAUGAAGACUCAAAAGAGAAUGAAAAAAAUGAAGAUAAGUCGAGUUUCUCUAUGAUAAGUAUACAAAAUGAAAAUAAAAGUUAG